AUGGCAGGAAGAACCCGAGGAGACGCAUGGAAGAACAGUCCAAUUACACGGUUUUCAUGGAGUGGCAAAACCAUUGCACUGGAUCGAAAUUCGAUAACACUGCCUCCAUGGGUGGCAGUAGGGGAUCCAUUGAGUGGCAAAACCACCCUACUGGAUCGUAUGACAUUGAAAUUGAAUAAGUUGGGAUACAGAUACAUGAUCGAUUAUGAUAUCGCAAUCUUGGUUCUUGAUAUUACUAUUUACUUACAACAACAAACAAUUCGAUUGAUCAAUCUUUUACAAACAUGGAACUCAAGAUUCAUUGUCGCCUUGAAUCGCCUCGACAGGUUUCAUGGAUGGAAAACAUGCAGUAAUUCUCAAUUUCUUUCAUCAUUUAACCUCCAGAGUAAGGUCGUUAAACAUAGGUUUUAUGGAAGGCUCAAAGAGAUUAACUCUCAGUUCAAAGAACUUGGGAUAAGUACAUGUUUGUAUUGUUGGAACAAAGAAAUAGGAAAAACUGUCAGCCUUGUGCCUACAAGUGCAAGAAGUGGUGAAGGAAUCCUUGAUAUGAUAGAACAAUUGAUUUUAUUGAGCCAGAAAACUAUGGUUGAGAAAUUUCAUGCCAGGGAAAAAUUUAAGUGCACUAUUUUGGAUGCAAGCAGAAGCGCUAUCAAUGUUGUUUUACUUAAUGGUGUUCUUCAUGAAGGAGAUCAAAUAAUUGCCUGUGGAAAGCAGGGGCCAAUUGUUACCACAAUUCAAGUUUUAUUGACACUCCCGCCAAUAAAAAAACUUGGUGAUAAGGCUCAUCAUAUUCGUCAUGAAAAAAUCAAAAGUGUUAAUUCCGUCAAGAUAAUUGCCAAGGGGCUUGAACAUGCUGUUGUUGGCACUUAUUUAAAUGUGGUGAAGCCUGCCCGAGACUAA